UUUGUUCUUGUUAGAGUAUUCUGGUACGGUAUUGUAUACAUUCCAGAAUUUUUUUUUCACAAUCUACAAUUACAAUGUCUUCACCGUCUUUGACUUAUCAAUUGUUGACUGUAGCUGUAGUUGUUCUUCAACGGCAAAUGAUCCAUAAUAAUGUCGGUAGUCGUACCCAAUGGAAUACUACCUAUGAUUAUAUUGUUGUUGGUUCAGGUACAGCCGGAUCAUUGAUUGCAGGUCGACUUUCGGAAAACGCUUCAACAACAGUUUUACUAAUAGAAGCUGGCGGUCCAGCAUCCGUUAUCACUGAUAUGCCUAUUGAAUCAUGGAAUAUUGAAACCGGCGAAUUUGAUUGGGGUUAUUAUACCGUACCACAGGCUAACGCUGGUUUCGCCUUCCGAAACCGUCAGAUAAUAUAUCCUCGUGGCAAAGUAGUCGGUGGCUCUCAUUCGACUAAUUUUGCUAUCUAUAACCGUGGUAACCGACAUGAUUUUGAUAAUUGGGCAAAUUAUUAUGGUUUAUCAGAAUGGUCAUAUGAAAAUGUGUUGCCUUAUUUCCUACGAACCGAAAACAAUACAAACAGAUUAUAUGUAGAGGCCGCUCCAGCUCAUCAUUCUACUACCGGUCAGGUUGAAGUUUCAUCACCACCAAAUCCGGAUCCGAUUCUAUUUAAAUAUAUGGAAGGUUGGAAUCAACAAGGUCUUCCUUAUACCGAUUUCAAUGGACCGAAUCAAUUGGGAACAACUUUGAUUCAGCAAACAAUUUCUACACAAAACUAUACACGUCUUUCAACAUCGAAUGCUUUCAUUGUGCCAGCAAUCGGCCGUAACAAUUUACACGUAUUAGUACGAAGUCAUUGUACAAGAAUUCUAUUGCGAAAUAAUACCAAUACUGAUCAAUUGGAAGCAUAUGGUAUCGAAUUCGUUCGCAAUAAUAGCACUUAUCAAGUUUAUGCUAAUCAGGAAGUAAUUCUUUCGGCUGGUGCCAUUAAUACACCACAGAUUAUGAUGCUGUCAGGUAUAGGUCCACGACAACAUCUUACCGAAAUGGGCAUAGAAGUACAAAUGGAUCUGCCAGUUGGUGAACAACUUCAGGAUCAUAUUCUUAUACCAGUCGAUUAUUUGGUCACCAACGAAAGUCUUAUUCAAUAUGAUCGAGACGUGGAUAAUGUUUUGACAGUGCAAAAUUUGUACAAUUAUUACAUUAACAAUUCUGGUCCUAUCACACAGUUGCCUGUUGUGUUGUCAUAUCAUUCAACAAGAGUAAAUGAUGUGGCUGAUUGGCCAGAUGGCGUAAUGGCCACUUUAAUCGAUCAAAUUCCCGAAAACGUGACAACAUUAACUCAGUAUAUGCAAGAUCCAGAUGCAUGGGCAGAAUAUUUCCAGCCAUUAGCUGGCGAUCCUCGUCAUUUUUUCGUGUUCUAUGCAAUGUAUCGUCCACGAAGUCGCGGAACUGUUCGUCUUCGAUCACAAAAUCCAUUUGAUGCGCCUCUAAUUGAUCCAAACUAUUAUGGCGAUGUACACGAUUUAGCUGUGGCUGUCGAUACAAUGAGUGCUGGAAUGGAAAUGAUGGAACAACCAUUUUUUCGCCAAUAUGGUCGAAUCUAUCCACGAGCUAUACCUGGAUGUCAAUUCUGUCCAGAUAGACCGUAUUACAAAUGCUAUACUUAUUUGGCUUGCUACGCCCAAACUCUUACACUAACUUCCUAUCAUCCUACUAGCACAUGUCGUAUGGGUAAUUCGAGCGAUACUGGAGCUUGUGUUGAUGAACAUUUAAGGGUUCGUGGGGUGAACAAUCUUCGGGUUAUCGAUGCAUCAAUCAUGCCAAAAGUCAAUAAUGCCAAUACAAAUGCUGCGGUCAUGAUGAUUGCCGAAUAUGGCGUUGAUUUUAUUCGACAAGAUUCUAUGAACAUGUCGAGGUCAUUGUAAAAUAGAAUAUUGAACAUGCAGUUUAAUCAACCGUGAAACAAUAAAAACAAUAUCCCUCUAAAUCGAUCGAUGAUCGAUGAAA